AGCCCCUUCGGAUCCUUUCAACUCCUCAUUGCUCUCUCUCUUCCAUAAAUAUCUACUCCAAUUCCAUUCGCGGUAAAUAUCAAAAUAAAGAAGAAGAAAAUAAGUAAAAAAGGAAAUGGACGUCGGUGGCGGGAAAGUCGCCGGCGACGGUGUUUCCUCCGCCGUAUCACAAUGGACCUUAACCCUAUCACAGCGGUAUCAACACCUGCUGGAUAAAUCAACACCUCAAGUCCUGCAUCGGUGGAUCUUCUUCGCAGUGAUCGCUUUGAUCUACGUAAUACGCGUGUUCAUGGUUCAAGGCUUCUACAUUAUUACGUAUGCCUUAGGAAUCUACAUAAUCCAGCUCCUUAUUGCUUUCCUUUCACCUCAAGUCGAUCCGGAAGUUGAGGGCGGUCCCACACUUCCCACUCGCGGUUCCGAUGAGUUUCGUCCUUUCGUUCGUCGCCUUCCUGAGUUUAAAUUCUGGUACUCACUAACAAAAGCUGUCUGCAUUGCUUUUGUAUUGACAUUCUUCAGUGCCUUUGACGUGCCUGUAUUUUGGCCAAUUUUAUUAUUCUAUUGGUUGGUGCUGUUCAUUUCAACAAUGAAGAGGCAGAUAAUGCACAUGGUCAAAUAUAAAUAUGUUCCCUUCACAUUUGGCAAGCAGCGUUAUGGGAAGAAGAAGCCAUCAACUGAUGAGGCCGGUGCUUCCAGACCUUGAGGUUCAAAGCAGAUUGAACAUUUCAUGAUGGGGAAUCAAUUUGUUGUAGGCUACAAAUUUGCCGGGAUGGCUUUAUUUUUCAUAGAAUAGGUUUCUGAGGUUGGGUAUGAGCAAUUUAUUAUAUGAAUAUAAAUGAAUUCUUAGAUUCUAAACUUAGCUCCCCAAGAAGCUGCCAUGUAUCUUAUUCUUUCAUCGAUAGGUAAGCUAGCCCCUGUAUGUCAUUAUUCAUUUUCUGAGCUCAGUCUACAACCACUCUUAUUUAACUCUAGCUUAGUAGAUGCCAAGAGGUUGCAUAUCCCUGUGGUGGAGUUCUUGUAAUAAUUGUUUGGUUAGAAAAUAUUCAAAUCUUUCUAUA